AUGAAUUCAAAUAACCACAAUCAACCUCGUAGGAACUCUUCAAACUACAACAGACAUCCUAAUAAUCAUUCUAAUCGUUCUAAUCAUCCUCGGUGGUCAAAUAGAUAUUCCAAAGAUUACAAUAGAGAUUAUGAUAAUAGCUUUAAUCGAGGUGAGUGCUCUGUAAGUCAAAACGGGAGUCCCAAAGAUUCCACAUAUGCACAUGGAUACCCAAAAAAUUCACAGCUCAGUCCAGCCAUCAGAAAUCCCCACAUGCAUUACAAUGAGACUGCAAACCACCAAAUUCAAGACAGAAGACACAUUCCGAUGGCUAACGCGCCUGAGCGGCGGCAAACGCUCGCCCAAAACUACCACAACAGCGGCGACAGGCGGAUGCUGCCCAACAGGCACAUUUCGCCCGCGUUGCACAUCAACGUGUGCGACAACGCUUCCGGCAUGCUGACCAACGCGCCCUCCGACGGCCUGCUGCAGCGGAACCUCAUGGAAUACCCGGCGCACGCGCAGAGAAGACUCGCCAGGGACGUGAGGGUCAGUCCGGUAAACUUCCAACAGCAUUCGCCGCAAUACUACCGGCAAGCGAGCGAAGAGAGCAUAAAGAGCGAAAGUCCGUCCAGGAAACGCAGACGUUUGUCCAGAUCCGGGCACCACAUCGAACCGAACGCCCAGCCCGCCUCGCCGCCGCGCAGAUCGCCUAGGCAGCAUGCGCCCUCCACAUCGCAUCACAACAUGCAGGGUAGUCCACCGCUGCGCAGACCGCGAUACAGGGACAGGAACGAGUUUCCUCACGCGCAUCACCAGACCUUUAUAUCCAGCUCGCCGCCGCUGGCCCAUGCUCACGCCCAUCCGCACCAAUCUCCAAUGAUGUUGGACAUUAAUCAGGGUCCGGUCACUAUCCCGAUGGGCCACGACCCCGUGUGGGGCUACAACCCGGCGCCGCCGCCGCAUCUCUCGCUGUGCGCCGGCGGGGCGGGCGGAUCGCCGCCCCACCUGCACAGCUGUCAGAUGCACGGCGUCUAUUCGGGCGCGCACCACCAUCACCACCCGCACCAUCACCAUCAGCCGGUGGCGGGCCUGCAGUUCGCCGGCUGCCUGCCGCCGCCGCCGCCGCACCAAGGGUACGGCCCCUUCGCUCCGCUGCCCAAUCCCAUGCCGGUUUCCGCCGCGCAGCACUAUCCCCAUCAGCACCUUGCUGCGCAGCGCCCGGAAAGCAUAGACGUGGACCUGCUGGCCGACGGCCACCACCACCACAACGCGGCGCUUCACGUGCCGCCCAUCGCGGUGCAGCCGCCGCCGCUCUACCUGGGCGCCGAGCCGCGCGCCGCCCAGCUCGAGAUCGUGCACGCGCGCGCGCGCCCGCACCGCGGCGCGCGCCUGCCGCCUCCCAGGAUGCCGCCGCACCGCUGGCACCACGCCGCGCCGCCGCCGCCGCUAGUGGCCGCCGCGCCGCAGUACCCCGGAUUCCUGCUGCACUUCCUCGCGAUGUUCUCGAACCCGCCGAUGUCGCCGUUCAGCCAGACCGAGCUGAGCAGCUCGGACAGCACGGAGACGACGGAGAACUACGAGGCGCUGCUGAACCUGGCCGAGCAGCUGGGCGAGGCGAAGCCGCGCGGCCUCGGCAAGAACGAGAUCGAGCUGCUGCUCUCGUACCGCUUCAACGCGGAGACGCACCACGGCGAUCAGACGUCGUGCGUCGUGUGCAUGUGCGACUUCGAGGCGAGGCAGAUGCUGCGCGUGCUGCCGUGCGCGCACGAGUUCCACGCCAAGUGCAUCGACAAGUGGCUCAGGUCAAACAGAACAUGUCCGAUAUGUCGUGGCAACGCUUCGGACUACUUCAGCACCAGCGAUUAA